UAUGUCUUCUCGAUUAGGUCAAUAUCCAGUACAAUACGCAAAAAAUGGUCAAAAUAAUGAAGAAUUUUGUUUGAAUGCAAAACUUGGACCCUGUUGUGAUAUUGAUAAUAUGGCAUUAAAUGGAAAUGCAAAACAAUAUCAGGGAACACAUAAAACACAAUUUGCUGGCAGGGCUGUAGAUGGGAAUUUCUCUCAACAUGCUCAUACAAAAUCCACUGAUAAAUACGGAAGAAUAAGAAUUGAGUUAUCAUACAAUGCUAUAAUCUCAAGAAUAUUAAUACUGAAUCAGCAAAAAGAAAGAAGCAAAAGAUUAUCAUAUUUAAAAGUUUUUACUGUACAAAAUUCUACAUCAGUUGCUGACGAUUUAACAGAACACACAAACUACAUACCAGUUGGAGAUAUAGAUUAUGUCAUUAAAAAUAAAUCAUUUGCUGAGAUAUAUACAAAUAAUGUAAUUUCUAAAAUAUCAAAAUAUAUAGCAAUUGAAAGAUAUCAGAAAGUAGCUGAUCCUUCUCAAAAGGACGGAGGAGAAUUGAUAAUUGCUGAAGUAAUAGUUGAAGGAUUUCGACCAUAUAAUAGUAUUGCUGCCAAUAAACCAACGCAGGUUGUUUCGAAUGAUGACACAAUCAGUAAAAUUCCGGUUACCCAUCCACUUUUUCAAUGCAGUGAAUCUUUGACAGAAUUUGGUGAAAUAUGGAGAGUUGAUCUUCAAAAUUAUUACAAAAUUCAUCAUUUAGCUAUUUUUAAUGGAAACAAAUAUAGUUUGGGUUCCUUUGAUAUUUUCAUUCAUGAUGAUUCUGCGAAUCUGCCCAACAUCUGGCAAACAAAUGCGUAUCAAAAUGAUUAUACUUUUAGAAAUUCUAAAACAAUACCGAAAGGCGGAAUAUUUUCACAUUAUUUUGAUUGUAAAGUAAAGAGAAAUAAUGUAAUUGGAAGAUUCAUCACUUUGAAUUCGAAAACACAAGUAUUUCAAUUCUGUAAUUUAGUGAUUAAGGGCGAAAAAGUUGAAAAAUCUUGUAAUUGUGUUGAUAAUUACAAAUGUUACAAUACAAACACAAUGAACCACAACAUUUGUAUUUGUUGGAAAAAUUGCGAAGACAAUAUUGCGAUUAACGGAAAAGCCUAUCGUAAUGGAAUAGCAGACAAGAUAGCAAAUGAAGCAAUUAAAGAUACUAUUAACUGUUCAAAAUCAUAUACAUCAACAGGUAAUAGAACACAUCUUGGAAUUUGGUAUCUCGAUUUGAAAAAUGUGUAUGAAAUAAGCACAAUUCAAAUAAUCAGCAUUCCAGAAUCAGGUGGAAGAUUACGAAACUUUGACAUCUCUCUUGUUCCAUAUGAUUAUCGAAUUGAAGAUGCAAAUAAUAUCCAGUUCUUACGCCUUAAAACAAUAUAUAAUUUUACUGGUUCAAUGAUGGAUAGUUCGGCGUUUACUGUGAAUGUUCCGUUUUCUCGUAAUAACACAAGAGGAAUUGUUAUAAGGAAAAGGGAUAAUACAUGUUAUUUAAACACUCGUUGUAAUGAUGGAAGUUUAGAUUUAUGUCAAGUUUAUGUUAAAGGAAAAGGAAUUUAUUGCAAUGAUAAUGAAUUCGGAAUUCCUCCAAAAUGCACACAGUGUCCUUUGCAUUGUAAUAAGAAUUAUAAUUAUUCAGCAGAGAAUUUGGAAUAUUGUCAAUGCAAAAUUGGUUAUGAAAUAUCAAAUGGAAAAUGUGUUUUUAUUGGUUUGUUGGAAAGAAAGUUAGAUAAUGUAAUAUUUGAUAAGGGAAACAACACUGUUCAUAUUAAUUUGGGGAAUUUCCUUUCAAAUCCGAAAAUAAAGACUAAAGCUUUUGCGGGCUAUGAAAUCUCUUUGGGAAAUGACACAUUGAUAUUUGAAAAUGUUAUAAUUUAUGAUACAUCACUUUCUGUUGACAAAUUUAUAAGACACAAAAAUGAAACUAAGAUACUUUCUGUUGAAGUUAGAGUUAGAAAUGAAUUGGAAGAUUGUUCAGUGUCUCUUGGAAAGAGCAGUGAAUCUUCUGUUGAAAUACCACCGUGUUCACGUAGGUCCAAACUCGCUGACUGGUUUGAGAAACCAAGAAGCCGAGGACAUAAUUGUAAUAAAUAUUUGGGUGUUCAAGUCUCAUUUGUUGUUGUAAGUUCUAAAGUGGAGAAUAGAAAAAGUGAAGUUAAUGAAAUGAUAAUUGAAGAUAUUACAAAAAAUUUUACGGAAAUGUUUUUGAAUAUCAAUGUCAGUGGUUAUUUCACAGUUGAAGCUCUGAACGAACAUUACUCUAGUGAGCAAGUGAAAUCACCUAAUAUAAAUCUAGAAAGACCAGAGACAUCCAGUAUAGAAAAUGAAAAUAUUGGUAAUGAACCUUCUAAAAUUGAACUUUAUGCUGGUUGCGGAGCUGGUGGAUUUUUUAUUAUUUGUUUUAUUUUCGCUCUUCUUUUUAUCAGAUAUCAGAGAAAAAAGAAAUUGAAAGAAAAAGGCAACAAAUCGGAUGGGAACACGCAUUCGCCUAAACCAUCUAGUGAAAAAAUUUAUUAUAAUGUUAUAGAACCAUUUGUAAUUGAAAGUUUUAUUAAUGAGUUGAAGGAUAAGUUGCGAAAGGAAGAGCUUAUUGAAGAACAUGGGAAAUUGCCAAAAAACUUGCAAGAAGAUAUACCUCAUAUAGUAGGAAGUUCACCAGAGAAUAAAAAGUAUCUCAAGUAUAUAAACAUUUUACCUUAUGACGAUAAUAGAGUUGAACUAGUUGUUACCAAAGAUGAAGAAACUGAUUUUUAUAAUGCUUCAUUCUUAAAGGAUAAUAUUGGUUACAAUAAAUUCAUAGCAGCACAAGGUCCGACGGAUAGUAGCGUUGAACACUUUUGGCGUUUAAUAUGGGAUAAUAAUUGUGAAACUAUUGUUAUGUUAACAAAUUUAGUAGAGAAUGCAGUCAAAAAAACAACUGCCUAUUGGCCUAAAGCACUACCUGGUAUGGAUGCAGAUACUUUAGUAUUUGCUAAAAUUUCGGUAAAAUUAGAACAAGAGCAGCAGUACGCAGAUUUUGUAGUUCGACAUUUCACAGUUACAAAAGGAGAAGAAUCACGAAAAAUUAAACAAUAUCAUUAUCAAGAGUGGAUGGAUCAUUCGUCAUUAAAUUCCCCUAGUUCCCUGCUUUUCUUUAUGAAAAUCGUAGACUUGAAUACAUCAUCUUCGACAGCUCCUGUAGUUGUUCAUUGUAGCGCCGGUGUAGGCAGAACUGGAACAUAUAUUGCGAUUAGUAAAUUAGCAGAAAAAGUGUUGAAAGGAGAACGAAUAGAUGUGUUUGAAGUAGUACGAAAAAUGAGAAGGGAACGAGUAAAUAUGGUACAAACAGCUGAGCAGUAUACGUUUAUUUACAAGGCCGUUGUUGAAUUAUAUUGUACAAGUGGCACCUUUAUAGACAAUGCAGAAUUUCACACAAAAUACGAACACCUAAAAGUUCAAUCUGAGACACUUCGAAAAGAGUUCAAACUCUUAAAUUCUUUAAAUUUUACAAUUCAGUCUUCUUAUGACGACGUUACUACAGACGAAAAAAAUCUUGUGAAAAAUAGAGAUAAAGCCUUAUUACCAGCUUCGGCGUAUAGAGUAUACCUGACAGAUACAGAAGAAAAUUACAUCAAUGCAGUCUAUAUAAACAGUUUUGAGACUAAAAUAGCAUUUAUUUCAACACAACAUCCACUACAAAAUACUGAAAAUGACUUUUGGAAUAUGGUGUUUAAGGAAAGAUCCUCGACAAUUGUUGCUCUUAACGAUAUUACUUCAGAUAUGAAACCUUAUUGGCCUAAAAAUGAGGAAGAGGAGCAUAAAUUAAAUGAAUUUGUUAUAAUCCUAGCAUCCAAAAAGAAUAUUGCUGAAAAUAUAGUACAAAGAGAAAUAUCCAUACGAAAGGGUAACGAAACUAGGACGAUUAAACAAUAUCAGUUAAAAACUUGGUCAUUGGAUAUUCAAGAGAAAGCUACCAGUUUAUUGACACUUGUAAGUCUAGUUGAAAAUUGGAAUAGAUCGUCCGAGAGAGAGAGUGGCAACACCAUAAUAGUUCAUUGUAAAAAUGGAGUUGAUCGCACUGGAGUAUUUUGUACUGCUUAUUGUUUAAUAGAAAGAAUGAAGUUACUGUCAGAAGUUGCUCUAUUCUCGACAGUAAAAUAUCUAAGAAAUUACAGGAGAGAAUUUAUUAGAAAUCAGGUAUUGACUAGAUCUAAGAAGUCAGUAAACAAGACAAUUAUAACUGUUUCCACAGUUGAAGAAAGACAUGAAAUCCUCCUUGACGAGCAUUGGCCGCAAAAAAAGGAAUCUGCUAUUUCAUUAAUGGUACAAAAGUAUAAUGAAAUAUGUAGAAAUGAGUUAAAAAAAAGCAAAUUAUCAACUGGAAAAUACUGUGCAUGUGUCCCAAAAACAGCUUUAAAAAGAGCUUAUUUGGAUUACAAUGUUCAAUUUCAAAAUUGGAGUGCAAUACACAAUAUACAUGAAAAAAAAUUAGGGAUUUUAUAUGGAGGAGAGUGGAUACCGAAUAAUUGUGUCUCUUUUCAAAGAGUCGCCAUUAUUAUACCAUAUAGAGCGAGAGAUUCGCAUUUGAAGAUUCUCGUUCAUCAUUUACAUAAAAUUCUUACUGGUCAACAAAUUCAUUAUAGAAUAUUUAUUGCUGAACAAAUAUCUCCUCGAGACUUUAACAAGGGUGCUCUAAUGAACGCUGGAUACUUGGAAAUGCAGAAAUUAUUCCAAUUUGACUGCGUCAUAUUCCACGAUGUUGAUAUGCUUAUGGAAGACGGUCGUCAUAUGUAUAAUUGCAUAAAGACACCUAGACAUAUUGGACCAUACGUGAACAAAUUUCAUUAUAUAAAUAGGUGGUUAGCUCAUGUUGGCGGUGUAUUUGCUAUAUCUAAAAGUCACUUUGAACAUCUAAAUGGCUAUAAUACGUUAUUUUAUGGAUGGGGAGACGAAGACGACGAUAUGCAAAAGAGGAUCGUAGCUUCUAGAAUGAGAAUUACUCGAUUUAAGCAUCCACUCUCAGCUUUUACAAUGCUAAAGCAUAAGUCUGAUAAAACAAAUCCGGUUAAUCCCUUCAGGAAAUCAAUUCUUGACUUUUAUACUCCUAGUCGAGGUUAUUCAAAGAAAAUAGGUCUUACGACAACACAUUAUUCGCUCCAGAAUAUUCUGUUUGAAAUUAGUUAUACCCUUUUUCAAGUUAAUUUAGAAAUUGCCGCCCAUCAGCUGUUUACUCAGUUCAACGGAUAUUGCAAUGAGGCUACUCCCAUUUUAACUUUAUCCAAUCUUACUUCGUUAGAGGAUUGUUCAUUGCAAUGCUAUCAUGACGCUUUAUGUACAUCAUUCACUUAUCUCGAGUCAGUAUGCAAUACUUAUCAUGAAACAUGCACAGAGGAUAGCAUUAGUCCAGAAGUUUUUUAUUAUCGUAAAGAGGCCGCCUACCCUCUCCAUCAAUACUUCACAGAGGAAGAAGGGGAAUGUCUCUCAAGAAAUGUAUUCAAAAACUCCGCCUACACACUAUACGAUUGCGCAAAAUUAUGCUUGAGAACCAAAGUUUGCAAAUCAUUUUCGUAUAAUCCUAAAUCUCAGAGACCUUGUUUAGGAAAACUUACACCAUGCUCCAAAAGAAGGAAAAAUAAAAAUUGUAAAGUCUAUAUAAAGAAGAAAUUAAAUUGCGUAGUUGAUGAAAAAUUUAAAGAAAAAUGUUUUACUUCAAAUCCAAAAGUAAAUAAAUCAACACCGUUGCCAAAAUCUGAAGUGAAAGUCAAGAAUUAA